AUGAGCGGGGUGCUGUCAGGGGUAACCACAUCUGUCAACCGUUCUUGGCCAAUAAAGAGCGGAGCGAGGCGGACCACAGGUGCGCGCCUCUGCGUCCCCUUGGCACAGCGCCCGGGAGAUGCUGGAGAGAGACGCCUUGCUGCCCCGUGGCGCAAAAGAGUUACUGUCAAAGGCAGCCUCCUUUUAACUCCAGCUAUCACUCUGGCUCCGAUAGUUAUGGCGACCGCAACGUCCAACCACUACAGCGUCCUCACCACCCCCAGCAGCGCGCCGCCGCCGCACUCGGAGUCCGGGAGCAUGCAGCAGGCGGCAGCGUACAGGGACGCGCACACCCUGCUCCAGAACGACUAUAGCACGUUACCGGGCGGUGGACAUCCGCUCAGCCACGCGCACCAGUGGAUAACGGCGCUGUCUCACGGUGACAGCGGGGCGCCCUGGCCAUCUAGUCCCCUCGGAGAACAGGACGUGAAGCCCGUACUGCACGACAGUGACCGAGAAGAGCUGCAGAACUCCAGCAGUCUGCAGCAACAGCAGCAGCAGCAGCAGCAGCAGCAACAGCGACACCCUCACCUAGCGCACCAGCAGGCGCAUCACGACGCCAGAGCAUGGCGAACCAGCACAGCUACCACGCACAUCCCCGGUAUGGCGACAUCUGAGGGCCAGAGCCUGGUGUAUUCCCAGUCCGGCUUCGGUCUGAUGCCGGGGGGAGAGCAAGGGGGGAUGCACCACCACCCCCUGCGGGAUGAGGACCACCACAGCCACAGCCCGCACCUCAGUGAACACGGAGGCGGCCCUGGGGCCCACCAGCAGUCUCUCUCACACCACCAGCACGGGGGCCAUCAGGACCAGUCAGACGAGGACACACCGACCUCCGACGAGUUGGAGCAGUUCGCCAAGCAGUUUAAACAGCGGCGCAUCAAGCUGGGCUUCACCCAGGCGGAUGUGGGACUGGCUCUUGGGACGCUGUAUGGAAACGUCUUUUCUCAGACCACCAUUUGCAGGUUCGAGGCUCUUCAACUCAGCUUCAAAAACAUGUGUAAACUCAAGCCCUUGUUGAACAAGUGGCUGGAGGAGGCGGACUCCACCUCGGGGAGCCCCACUAGCCUGGAUAAAAUCGCGGCACAAGGAAGAAAACGAAAAAAGAGGACCUCCAUCGAGGUGGGCGUCAAAGGGGCUCUGGAGAGCCAUUUUCUCAAAUGUCCAAAACCAGGAGCAGCGGAGAUCAACUCCCUCGCGGACAGCCUGCAGCUGGAGAAGGAGGUGGUGAGGGUUUGGUUUUGUAACCGGCGGCAGAAAGAGAAGAGGAUGACACCGGCGGGGGGACAGAUACCAGGAGGAGAGGACAUGUACGGGGACACCCCUCCUCACCACGGUGGACAAACUCCUGUGCAGUGA